AUGGAGGAUGACAAGAAGACCAAGUACCGCGGCGUGCGUACGCGGCCAUGGGGCAAGUUCGCUGCCGAGAUCCGUGACCCCGAGCGUGGCGGCGCCCGCGUCUGGCUCGGCACGUUUGACACGGCCCAGGAGGCCGCGAGGGCGUACGACCGCGCGGCUUUUGCCCAGAGGGGCGCCACCGCCGUGCUAAACUUCCCCGGCGAGGCCGGGGGCCCCUCCGGCUCGUCUUCGUCCGCCCCGGCUCGCUCCGGUGCCGGCACGGGCAGCGGUCGCGGGGGCACAGAGAAGAUCGAACUCGAGUACCUCGACGACAGCCUCCUGGACGAGCUUCUCGACGACAGCAAGUACGGUGGUAAAUGAGAGAGAUUCUCUUGCAUGCACGUAUAUAUGCAUGCAUGCAGAAGAAAUGGCCUACACAAAUACAUACGUAAACUAUACACGAUCAUACCACAUCCAUAUGGGCCAUAUUACGUGAUCCAUCAUGCAUUACAACACAAGUACCGUUCACAUAUUUGCAUUUAGUUGCAAUUUCCACCGCUGGACCAAUGUCAUAUAUGCUACAAGUUACAAAAUACUCGCUUUUGU